CUAAAUGUUCUGGUUGUAUCUGUGUAUCUAGGUGUGACUACGGCAGCAGUGUGCGUGUACCCGUCUCGUGUGGCUGAUGCUGUGAAGUCACUGAAAGCAGCCAAUUCCAGCCUACCUGUCGCCUCAGUGGCGACAGGCUUCCCUGCGGGCCAGACCUCUCUGAAGACCAGGCUGGAGGAGGUCCGUAUGGCGGUAGAGGAUGGAGCUAUGGAGAUAGAUAUAGUGAUUAACAGGACUCUGGCCCUCACUGGACAGUGGGAAGCCGUGUACGAUGAGGUGUGUCAGUUCAGAGAGGCCUGUGGGGAGGCCCACAUGAAGUCCAUCCUGGCUAUAGGAGAGCUGGGGACCUACACCAACGUCUACAAGGCUAGUCUGGUGGCUAUGAUGGCUGGUGAGUGUUCCCUCUCACACACACACACGUACACACAGGGCGGUAUUACGUGCACUUGAGAUCCAACUCACAUU